CGGCGAGUUCAAGUUGCCAUAGCAGAGUGAAGCUGAGGGUUGUUCUACUAUUGCUCAUCAAAGCUGCACUUUCUGUGCAUUGUACUUACUCGCAGCUUCUUUCCGUCUAAUCUCCUCUUUUGUAGUUUUGACAGUAUGGCCAAUUUUGCUGAUAGCUGAUGUUAGCUUAGCCAGCUAGCUUGCAGGUGUGUGACUUGUUGCUAACCAGGAGGAGCAUCACAGCAACGAUGAAGAGCACAGAGUCAUCAGCAGUGAUUUAACUUCGUCUGGGCGCUCUGCACAGUCAUGGAGACUCGGAUCCUGCCAGGGUUUGCUUUGACAAACGCUCACAAAGUCAGCGGCCACCCCACUUGGUGCGUUAAUCUGAUUAACAUGACAGUAAACAGUUAGCAUUGUCCCGGGAGUCCGACCUGAAGCCUGUUGUCCCGACCUGCGUCGAACCAUGGACACGUCCAGCGAGUCCGAUCUGUACGAGGGAACCCUGGAGAACAGGUGCAGAGGACGGGAAGCCCACCGCAGAGCCGGCCGGGACAGGACCAGGGGCGGCGGGGGUGGAGGCGAUGGACGGACCGCAGAGAUCUCCCAGAAGAUCAGCACUCUGGCAAACACCUUGCAGGACACUAGUAAGAACCUGACCAAAGUAGACCGGAUGCUGGGUCAGUACAGGGAGCACACAGACGAUCAGGCCGAGGCCAUGGUGCUGCUGCGGGAGAACCUGGAAGAGUCCAUCAGCCAGCUGCAGAAACAGAGGCUGGGCCGGACCAACGGGGCUCUGAGCGGCGCGGCGUCGGCGUCGGCCUCCACUCUGCACACCAGUGACCUGGACGCCUGCUCCGGAUCAGAAGAACGCCGUUUUGUUCCGACGUCUCCACUGAAGGACUAUACGUCCCCGCCCGGGAGGAGGAGAAGGUCCCGCUCCGCCAGCGUUCGCUUUAAGGACUCCGGCCUGUCAGUCGAUGACGUUCACACUCUGCAUCAGUCUCUGCGGGAUCUGCGCUCUGACCAGCUGAGGCUGUCCGAUGAUCUGGACAGAGAAAUCCUCAGGAGAAACAGGUCUGACGUGGACACCAGGCGGGCGAUGGAGAGCCUGACGGAGCACAUGGCGGCUUCCCACCGGCAGGACUCGGUGUCGUCCCGUGUGGAGCGCCGUCUCCGGGAGCUGGAGCGAGAGAGGAGGAGCCCGGAGGACGAGAGGAGAGCGCAGGAGCCGUGGGAGGGUUUUGGCCGGAGCCAGAUCCAGGAGAGGGAGGAGGCGGCCGCAGCCAGGCUGCUGAAGGCCGACAGGGAGAGAGCCAAGACGGAGCAGGAGCUGGAGAGAGCCAGAAGGCUGUUGGAACAGGCGGAGGAGAGCAGGGACUCCCUCAGUCAACAGGUGGAGGACAUGCGCGGCGAGCUGCAGAGGACACGGAAGGAGAAGACGGGGCUUCAGAGGGCGCUGCUGGAGACGCCGCCGCCCAGUGCUCCGCCGCACGGCAGCCACAGCGAGAGGGAGGGGGGCGGAGGCGCACGGCAGGGGCCAGAUCGUUCGGACCUUGAGAGAGAAGUGGCGGAGCUGCGCGUUCAGCUGUGCAAGGCGUCGGUCCUCGGAGAGGUGGAGGAGCUGAAGAGGGCCCUGGACCUCAAGGAGAAGGAGAGAGUCCAGCUCGGCCUCCAGCUGAAGGAAUUAUCAUCAGACCUGGCGGCGAGGGAGCAGCAGCAGCUGCGAAUGCUGGAGCAGCUCAGGGACUUGCAGAGUCGGGGGCAGGCGGAGAGGAGGGAGACGGAGGCGCUGCUCCAGGAGAGCGCCAGGAGCCGCGAGGAGCUGAAGACCAGGGCCCAGGAGGCCGUGCGCCAGUGGAGGGCGAAGUGCAGGAGGCUGCAGAAGGCGCUGGAGGAGGAGACGGCCCAGGCCCGGCUCCACUCCGACAAGGCCUCGCAGGCGGUCCGGGAGAAGGAGAGCUGUCAGGCCCAGCUGAAGGCGCUGAGCCAGCAGGCCGAGGCGGCGCGCAGGGAGCUGGCCGUGGUCCUGGGCCGGCUGGCCCAGCGCGAGGAGGAGCUCCACCGCAAGGAGGUGGAGCUGUCGGAGAGCCUCCAGCGCUGCCUGGCGCUGCAGCAGGAGAGCCGGGAGGUGAAGGAGUCCAAAGGUGUCCUGGAGGAGGAGCUCCAGCGCCAGUCCGCCAUCCAGUCCAGACUCCGAGACGAGAACCACAGGCUGGAGGAAGAGGCGGAGGCCCAGACCCGGCGCUGCCAGAGGGAUCGGGACGCGCAGGCCGAGCUCCAGGCGUCUCUGAAGCAGUUGAAGGCGUCCCACACCCAGCUGGCCCAGCGGCUGGCCGAGGAGGAGCGCUCCAGGAAGGAGCUCCUCAGAGACGCCGGCGAGCUGAAGGCCCGGCUGAGGGAGCUGCAGGAGGAGCGGGACGGCCUGAGCAAGCAGCUGCAGCUGCAGCGGGACGGCCACCGCAGAGAACUGGACAACCUGAGGGCCUCCGCCGAGGAGGCCAGGGCCAGGAGAGAGCGAGAGGCGCAGGAGGCGCUCCGGCUCUGCCGGCAGGAGCGAGAGGAAAUGGAGACGCAGCUGAAGGAGGCGAAGGCAGACGCUGCGGCAGACCAGGAGCUGUGCGCCGCACUCCGCGUGAAGCUGGACAGGAUGAAGGAUGAGUGUGAUAAACUGGCUGCUCAGCUGAGCACAAAGGAAGACGUGCACACUCUCCUCCAAAGGAAAUACCAGCUGCUCAAACAAGAACUGGAAGACAACGUCAGGUCGGGCGAGCGGAGGCGGGCGUCGGAGUCGGAAGCGGCCCGGCUGGAGCAGAAGCUGCUGGAGGCGGAGGCGGAGCAGGAGGCGGUGCUCACCUCCCUGGGCGAGGAGCUGGACGCCGCCUGCCGCGGCCUGGCUCACGACGGGGACGACAAGCUGCAGGCAAUCUCCCAGAGGCCUGGAUUAGUGAAGGACCCGCACCGCUGGCUGGCUGAGACCAAGACGAAGCUGCGCUGGCUGUGCGAGGAGGUGCGGGAGCGCGACGCCAGAGAGCAGCGCCUGAAGAAGCAGCACCACCAGACCCGGGACCAGCUCAAGGCCCUGAGGCAGAGCCGCGACUCGGAGCAGGCGGCCCUGCUGCGGCGCCUGGACCAGCAGGAGAGGCUGCUGCACGCCCUCAGCGCCGAGAAGAAAGAGCUGCUGGAGAGGAGUCAGAGGAAGGAGGAGGAGAUGAGGAGCCUUCAGGACCGCGUGCUGGACCUGGAGAUGAACACCAAAGCGGCUCUCGACCACUUGGAGUCGAUUCCAGAGAAGCAGUGCCUGAUGGAAAACUUCAGAGAUCUAGAAGAAUCCCAGCAGCAGAGGGACAUGGUGGAGCAGCGCUACAGUAAAUACAAGGAGAUGGUGUGGGACCUGCAGCACCAGCUGGACGAGUCCAAACGGCGGAUCCAGGAGCACAAAGACGAGAAGUUGGACGCCGCCUCCCGGAGCCUGCGGCUGGCCGCGCUCUCCUCCUCCAUCAGAGGCUCCGGCGCUCUCCUCGACGCUCCCUCUCCCAACAAACGGCUCACCAGCUCGGACUUGGAGGAGAGCGCCGCGGCCAGAACUCUGGCAGAUUAGCCGCAGCCUCGAUCCGUAUCUCUGCAACGCCAAACGCCGACUGACUCCACCUGCCAGGUGCUCGUCCAGCACCGAGGACCACUCAGCAGUAAUCCUCCUCCUCCUCUUCCUCCUCGCCCAGCAGGCCGAGACGGCGAAGAGGACCUCCACGUCCGUGCACUGUUAAAGUAUUUUAAAGUUAUUUAUAAAGAAUAGACACUUUAGGGUUAUUUAAUAGAUAUGGAAAAGCUUGAAGCCAAAGUAGUUACACUGUUUUUUUUUUUUUUGUUUUUUUUUUUUACUAACUUGAGUUUUAAACACUGUUUUAGAUUAAAGGUGACAUAUUAUUCUGAACAUUCAUAGAUAAAUCUUAACUAUAUAAUAACACUAGAGGCUCUAGAGUUUCUACAGUGUUGAUAUUUAAGGACAUCUUUAUAUUCUUUAGAACGAUAUAUUGAUAUUCCAGCUGCCAGUGUCAACACCACUCCGACCGGCCGCCAUCGUAACAGACCUCACCUCCAGAAAACCAGAUUAAACACAUAUAGUCCAUCAAUUAUUUGAUUAUUUUUCAUUAAUAUGUCACUUUUAAGUCGUCUGGACUCUUGAUAAUGUAUUUUGUACUAAAACUAACAACUCUGGUGCCUUUUCAACAACAUGCAGUUUUUCUUCACUGUGAUAAAGUAAACACUGUGUUCUUAUUUUUGUAAUGUUUGGAUCGCCUCCUAGCCUGUUGUUUUAUAUUUACACCGCGAAGAUUCAGUUUGUAUUUGUUAAUAAAAAUGAGAAAACCUUUGUGACGCCGUUGCACCUCGGGUAUCUGGAGUAGUAUCAGACUUUUAGAAAAGUGGUGGAAUAUGAGAACUGAGUGACGGAAAGAA